GUAUGCUGCGGUUGUCGUGGUUACCAGCCUCCUGGUUUACAACAUCAUUUUUUCAGGAAUGUGCCGAGGAAACAAAGACUGUGUGUGUGUGUAUGUUGUUCCUCCCCCCUUCUCAGCUCCAUUUAUAGACGAUGAUGUCAGCAAUAUCUUUCUCCCAACCCUCACAUGUGUUAAUGAGUCUUCAUUUAGCCCACAUGAGAUGACAGGUGUCACAGAGGUGCUAACUGUGUUUCCACGGCGACACAACCAGCUGCAGUAAGUUACCUGCGGUCUUCGGCCAAUCACAGUCCGACAGUGGCGAGAACAACCAAUGAGACGCUGAGUGAGAUGGGACGAUUAAAGACUGAGAUGAAAAUGCUGCUGAUGCCAGAAGACUCUCUGAAAACCACCAGACCUGGACCAGACCACCACCAGUACCAACAAAACCUGCUUCACUCCCAACAACAUAAGUCCCAAAUACAUGAGACCCGGCAAACUGAAUCCCAACAAACCCACUCCCAGUCCCAUCAAGGUCCUUUCCAACAAUCCCAGUCCCAACAAAUCCAUUUACAAUCCUUACAAUCUCAAUCCCAGUCCCAUCCAAAUUCUCUUCAACAAAUCCAGUCCCAACAAAGUCAGACCCAGUCCCAGCUCUCCCAGCAGUCCCGGUCCGCCCUGGUCCGGAGGAGGCCUGUGGUUCCGUCCACGUUGGAGGAGGCGGGUCUGGUUCUCCGGCGGGUUCGGAGACAGAAGAAGGUUCUGGAGGAGAACCUGGAGGCUCUGUUGCGAGCCAAAACUGGAGAGGUUCUGCACCGCCAACUGGAGGCUCUGGCUACUAACAGAGACUGCACAGAAGAGGUUCGUGUGAAGAAGACGGUGGACGCCUGGAUCAACACGUUAACCAGAGACAUCCAGUUUGAGAUGUCCUCAGAGGACACUGCGAUGACAUCACAACAGAGGGCUGCUGGGAGGGCAGUGAGUGCGCUCAGAGGAACAGGAAGUCAGACUGCGGCGCUGAGACUGUCUGCAGCCGCAGGAGGCGGAGCCACAGGUGAGUCGUACCUGACCCGUCUGUACGGCAGAGCUCCGUACGAAGGUCAGAGACGAACCCUGAAGAAGAGUCCGUACCUACGCUUCAGCUCACCUGCCUCCCCGCUCAGCAGGAAGCCCCGCCCCCGGCUGCUGGAGACCGUCACAGGUGUGAAGGUGAAGUCCAGUAAGACUCAGACGUGUUUGGCUCCGCCCCUCACGCCGUCACCUGGACGACCUCAUGACAUCAUCAGCCCCCCCCUCCUGUCCUCAGGUGACCCCGCUGACCUCACAGUGACCUCCGUCCCCAUGGCGAUCCCACUGGGUCGUCCCAGGAUGGACUCUUCUUCUUCCAGGCGUCUCGCUGAGUAUCAACAGGAAGUGACAUCACCACGCACAGCUCCUCCCACAGCGGUUGCAGUGGAUGACGGAGCGUCUGAGCCGCAGGUGGAGCAGGUGGAGCAGCUGUCUGAAGCUCCUCCUGCUGGAGAUUUCAUGGAGAGGCAGAGUGAAGCAGAGGAGGACGAAGACGAGGAAGUCUUCUCUGGAACUGACUUUCUGUGUGUCGCUGAUGUCGUCCAGCAGCAGGAGGAGGGGAGUGUUGUGGGGGAGGAGGAGGUGCAGUUGGAUGGAGCCCCCCCCCCCCCUCCAGUCCUCUAUCAGGGUCCAGUCUUCCCCCCCCAGAUCCGCUCUGCCCUCCCUGCCCAGGAUCAGGCCUCCGUCCUGGGCCUGGACCUACAGAGAGACGCCCUGGAGCUCCGCAUGGUGGAGUGGGUGGAGCAGCAGCUGAUGUCCAGGAUGAUUUUAGAGAUGUACCUCCCCCCCCCCCUCGGACCCCGCCCGCAACUUCUCAACCGACCAAUCAGAGUGCGAGGAGCGGAGCACCUCAGACAUCGUGUGUACAGCAGGUGGUGCAGGGGCUGCAGCUGUUUGUGGAUUCCAGCAUGUCUGUGGACUCAGCUCUGAUCCGGCAGCUGGUCAGUGAAGUUCUGAGCGAGCAGGUCGCCCUGAUGCUGGGACAGAAAGACUCACAGGAACCAGAACCAGUACCAGGUUCUCAAGCCCGUCACGAGGACUCUCUGGUUCAGACUCCGGCACCGACCCCUCCAUGCAGCCCUGCCCCGCCCAGCAGAGAGACUCGGCCCCUGGACACGCCCCCUCUGUCUGAACCAACCAGCCUGCUGAACCACAAGUCCCCUCAGCCAAUCACGG